GUAAACAAAGCCAAACUUCAAAAAGAGUCUGUGACGAUACCAACGAAUCAGUUUAGUGUUGAGUUGACCUUAAUUUUGACAAUAAAUCGUUUCUUAUUUAAUCAGUGUAGAUAAUUAAAGUUUAUAGAAAAUGGAAGAAGAUAAAGUAUUUACUUUUCGAGACGUCAAACCUACUCCAGAUACAUACCAUACAUAUGACAGUUCACUAAAGGGAAAUAAUGCACCGCCUAUUGUUUUAGAUCACGGGUCGUACCAAUGCCGUGUUGGGUGGGCUGUGGACCCCAAUCCAAGACUAACCUUUAGGAACUUGAUGGCUAAACUAAGAAAGGAGAAGGGGAAAUCGGAUGUAGAAAUUUUGGUUGGAAAUGAUAUAGCAAAUUUUGAGGCUGUCCGUUUUCAACUGAAAUCUCCCUUUGACCGAGAUGUCAUUACUCAGAUAGACACUGUGGAAACAGUUUUUGAUUAUGCAUUUUCACAUUUGGGGAUUGAUACUGAAGGCUCAAUCAAUCACCCUGUUGUUUUAACUGAAGCUGUAUGCAAUCCAUCACCAGCAAGGCAAUUUAUGAAUGAACUCUUAUUUGAGUGCUAUCAAGUACCAGCUGUCUCUGUGGGAAUAGAUGCUCUUUUCAGCCUACAGCAUAACUUUUCUAAACCAUGUGUUGAACUUCCUACGUCUCUUGUUGUUCGUCUCGGGUAUCAGACAACGCAUAUCCUACCGGUGAUUGGUGGUAAAUGUGAUCCACAAGGAAUUCGUAGAAUAAACUUGGGUGGACUACAAAUGAUUUCCUAUUUGCAUCGCUUGCUACAGCUGAAAUAUCCUUCGCACUUAUCUUCUGCAACAUUUAGUCGAGCAGAGGAGCUUAUACAUGACUAUGGAUACAUAGCAGAAGAUUAUCUCAAAGAACUGAGCAAAUGGGCUGACGGGGAUUUUUACGAAGAAAAUGUCCGAAAAAUCCAAUUGCCGUUUACCCCAGCUCCUACGGCUGCUGAAACCAGUUUGAAUUUAGAACAACAGCAACAACGUAGAAAAGAGAAUGUGAAAAGGCUGGUCGAAAUCAACGCCAAGAAACGCGAGGAGAGGUUAGCAUCAGAUGAAGAGCGUUUGGAGACGCUUCAGAUUAUUCAACAUCAAUUGGCAGAAGUUGAUGAUGGAUUGGCUGUAAAACUAUUGAGGCAAGCUGAAAUUACAGACGAGCAUCAUUUAGAGCAAGAAAUUCAGAAUAUUCAGGAUCGCGUUUCAAGAACGCGACAAAAAAUGGCUGCAGCUGCAGUAAAUCCUAAUGAGGAAGGAGAACCCAAGAAGCCCACUGAGACUGCAGAGUUCCAAGAAUGGUUAGAAGGAAUCCGCAAACAGAGAACAGAGAUUCUUUCCAGAAGAAGAGAAAGACAACAGCGUCGUCAGGAACUCACGAAAAGAAAAUCUGCAGCUGCCCAAGAAAGGAUGCGCAUAUUAAGUAUGCUCGCAAAAAGUGGUAGCAGUGGGCCGGGCAAGAAAAAAGAAGAUACGUUUGGUAUGAAAGAUGAAGAUUGGGAUAUUUAUAAAGCAGUCAGCAAAGAUGGAGGAGGAUCCGACAGCGAGGCUGAACAGGAGAAACUAAAUGACCUCGAAUCAGCCUUGAAGCGUUACGACCCGAAUUUCAAGAACUACAGCGGGGCUUCUUCGAGCACUGGUGAAGGCAGUUCAGGUGGUUUUGUUCCCACGGCUGAAUAUUAUCAACUUCACAUAGGCACCGAACGUAUUCGAGCUCCUGAGCUUUUCUUUCAACCCAGCUUUAUCGGCUCCCACCAAGCAGGCAUUUCGGAAACGAUAGACUAUGUCGUAAAACUUUAUGAUCCUGCUACUCAACUGCAGCUGGUUAGCAACGUUUUUGUAACUGGUGGUUGUGCCAAUAUUCCUGGUCUAGUACCCAGACUACAAAAGGAUCUCCUAUCUAUGCGUCCUUUCGAAUCUCCUUUCAAUGUCAAUAUAGCGGCCGACCCAGCAGGAGAUUCUUGGAAGGGUGCUCGUGAAUUCGGUAAAGUAGCUCCUCCUUCCGCUUACCUUUCUCGAUCUGAAUAUCAAGAGUGCGGCCCGUACUACUUUACGGAGCAUCACGCAUCAAAUAAGAGAUUCGCAUUGAUGAAACACAUUUCUACAGAAUCAAUUCCACGUGGCAAUCAUUGUCUACGCUCAAAUCACAGGAAUUAUUGAGGGGAAGUUGAAUAGUGAGAAAAGAGAAACAGUAAAAUAACAACGGUCGAUAGAUGACAAAAAAAAAACUAGUUCAUAAACAACCCUUGAAAAAAAAACACUGUACAAACAAGACCUACCAACAAAGGCUUCAAUGAAAUAGUGACCAAGAGACCAUUAUGACGUAAAACAAACCUGAAUUUCUCAAACCGUGAGGCAUCAUUCUACUAUUCAAUCAUGUCCGUUGGCAAUGACAGGAAUGUGGUGGCCUAUUGUAUCAAGAUUUAGGCAACGGCAAGAACAUCCAGUGACAGGACAUUCACUGUGCUCGGCGAACCAUUCUAGUAGGUGAGCACUGUGUCCUCCGUGUCGACAUGUUUGGCACCAAAGAAUCCACGAGGCGAACGGAUGAGUUUUCUUGGAAGUCACCCCAGAUACACCAGAUGCUGCAUUCACACUCGGUUUCUUGGAAAUGUGCUCAGUAGGUCCUCCCCACGAUGCUAGCGGGCUUCCGAGGUGCAUCAUGCAAACAGCGCAACGUGGCAAAGGAUUCCGGCAAUUUGGGCAGCCAGUUAACUGAAGCUUGCCUUUAGUACCAGAGAAAACUGAGAUUCCUUUGCCACAGUAGUUACAGGAAACAUAGACUUGCUGUGGAGGUUUUUCGGCUCCAGAGGGAUUGCCUUUGUAGAAUUGAACGUCAAAUUUCGCCCGUUGCGUCCAUAACCUCCAACUAUCAAGCAGAGAUCGGUAGCUGUUGACCCAUUGUUGCAUUCGUCCGUCUUUACUCACUUCAAGAUUGGAAGCAUGUAAACUGAGGAGACUGACUGUUUGAAUAUCACCUGAUUUGUCCACAUGACUCUGAAGCAGAUUCAGUCCUUCACCUGACAAACCUGGAAUGAUGCAUCCCAUCCAAAUUUCCUUCUCUGGUCAACUGCCGAUUAAGAUGUUCAACAUACUCACUUAGGUGAGUAUCGGACAAGAAGCAACAAGCGAACCCCACUCGAUCCCGAACAGUCAUUCCUGUUUCGUUCUAUUAUUAAAGCAAAUAUAAAUUACAAUUAUAAAUAUCAAAGUAGAUUAAAUGGAUGAUCCCAUACCAAGACUGCUUCGUAUUUUUCCGAUGGACUGGUCAAAAAAGAAAAUGCUGCUCGCAGAUAUGGAUCAUCCAGAGCAGUUUUAUUCAUAUUGCAUAUUUCUUGUUGCCACAGCGUAUCUCUAUUAUCGGUAAAUCCUUGUAGAAGAAAAAGGUAAAAUUAUGGAAAUGAUACUAUAACUUAAACUCAAAUUUACCGGCUAAGGCGAGGGCGACUAACUGAUAAGACACUUGAUUUUUCUGUACACCACUACGAGUCAAAAUCUUUAUGGCUUUACGAAUCUUCAUAUGGAAAACAGCCAGGGCAGCGGCUCGAGAAACCUGUGCAUCCGCUUGAAGCUUUUCUAGCAAUGGUCCCAAUAUGGAAUUUUCAGGAUCGUACGGCCAACCACACAGACGCAAUGCUUGGUUCCGUUCUUCACUCCUAAAAAGCCACGCAGACAGGUGAAAUUUUUGCGGACUCCACACCAUUCCAGGGAACGUGGAAUACUUCUGAUUUUAGAACUCCAUCCGUAUCCAAACGCAAAGCAGACCUUUCGAGAGUUUUUCCAUCUUUAAUAUCAAAUUAUAUAUUCAGAUUUCGAGUGAACUUCCUUACCUAAUACCCAUAAAGUGAACUCCUAGCGGAUUUCCUGAUUGAGCCAACUUCCGGCAAGUAUCGACCCAGGACCAGAGCUCCCUGGUCGUUACAUCCUGCAUUAAUUCUGAAUCAGGUUUGAAAUCAGCUUCAAGUCCGUAACCUUCAACUGCCCGCUGGCGCAUUGUUACCGAAACAUCCCCGAACCUAAAUUUGAAGUUUUCCAUUUCAGAGAAGGUAGGGGUGGUCAAAUUUAAAUAUGCAAAACCAAAAUUCUUACCUGGUAUAGACGGAAUCAGUUUCAUCGAUGUACUGCAAUAUUUUUUUGCCGCAAUUCCAUACAAGUUUACUCGAUGGUGACCAAUUAAGCGUGAUUCGAUCAACAACUAUAUGCUCCUGAAAAGGAUAAAUAUGGUAACAUCUAUCAUCAAUACGUUUAUUUGAUAAAAUACCCUAAUAUUAAGUGAUGUUGUGGAAUAAAGUAAUCGAUUCUCUUCGUUUAAAUGCCACGCAAAAGAAGAUAUGGUUUCAUUUUGCUGAUCAGUCAAAAUCAAUCCACGUUCCAACGGAAUGGGUUCCAUUUCUUCUGCCGCUACACCGUUGGCAUUCUGAAUGUCGUACAAGGACAAAGAAGUGCUCUCUUUACACAAGACUCCCAGGAAACUGUGACUGUUGAUUUAAAAAAAUUGAACAUUAAUUCAACAGUAUUUUUUUUCCAUCCUAUAAUUUUGAGGAAUUACUGAGUGGGGCACCAGGAUAUCUUGGAAACGGCCUUAUUCUGUUGGAGUGAAAGAACAGGCUUUUCAAAAUUUCUUACAUCCCAAAUGCAUAUGGCAUUAUCACUAUAUGAUGCAAUUCUGUGAUUAACAAAAGGAUCCUGAAUGAUUGAAAAUACUGCACGAGUAUUUGUUGAACUUGUGUGCUUUGGUCCAUCUGGAAAAACGAAGUUGCUUGUUAUUGACCCCAGCUGCCAUUGUUUGUGAAUGACUGAACCAUGUUACAGAAGUAAUUGUGUCUCCAAAUGCUGAUUCCAGAAAGGGUCUGUUACCAUCACUCCCACCUUUAGUAACAUCCCACAAGAUCAAUCCAUGUUCAGAUCUGUGUUUGUCAAACCCUGCUGCAAGGACAUAAGGCUCAGCUAGACCCCAUGCUAAUGUGUUGCACUGUCUGUUAUGUUUUGAUGCAUAUUCUUUUCCAUUUAAGGGGGAAGUUUCUCCAGAACCAAGUACUGAUGUUAACAAAACUCUUCCAUUCAUCUGGCCAAUGGCAAUAACUCCUUCAAGCUCUGGUACAGGGAGCCAUGCCAGACAUUUAGCAAAUGCUACAUCUGUUAAACAACCUAGCUGGU